UAUGAAAUGCAGAAUAAAUUUCUAACCAAAGAAAUAUUGGAAUUAAAUGAAUUAAGACAACAUGAUGUAGAUAGAGAAAAACUGUUGUUAAUGAACAGAGCUGAAUUAGAAGGUGAUUAUUUACAAACAAGAAGUAAAUAUUUAUAUUUACUAAAGAAAGUGGAAACGCCUGUAUUAGGUGGUGAAAAAGAGGAUAGUAAGAGACAAGAAAUUAUUAAACAACUACUAGAUGAUGCUAUUGAAUCAGAAAAAUCACAAAAAGAAGCUGACAGACAUCGGUUGUUUAUGUCAUCACAAAGUUGUCAGGAAUAUGAUAGAUAUGGAUUUCAGAAGUUAAUGGUUGAUGAUGAUGAAGAUCUUAUAUUAUCACGAGCUGGUCAGUUACAACAACAAUCAGAUAUACUGAAUGCCGAAGAAGUCACAUCACAUCAUGUAAAAUGGGAGAAUUUUAUGGUUGGACAGAGUGGUAAAUAUCUAGUCAGAAGUCAUGAAUUAAAGACUUUGAUUAGAUCGGGAAUACCACAUGAUCAUAGAGAAAAGAUAUGGCAAGGAUGCAUCCAUCUUCAUGUUGGUGAAACGAAACAUAAAUUGGGACAUUCUUACUAUACAGAUUUAGUCAAACGAGCCAAAACUAGUAAAUAUAAUCCUGCAGCCAAACAGAUAGAGUUAGAUUUACUUCGUACCUUACCAACCAAUCUACAUUUUGAAAGCUUGGACUCAGAUGGUAUUAAAAAACUACGCCAAGUGCUAUUAGCUUACAGUAUGCACAAUCCAAUAAUUGGUUAUUGUCAGGGUUUAAAUCGUCUAGUAGCUAUAGCUUUAUUAUUUUUAACAGAAGAAGAGUCAUUCUGGUGUUUAGUGGCUAUUGUGGACCACAUAAUGCCUGAAGAUUAUUACACUAAAACAUUAGCUGCUGCACAGGCAGAUCAGAGAGUUUUAAAAGAUUUGGUUCAAGAGAAACUACCAAAAUUAUACAAUCAUUUCGAAAACCACGAAGUCGACUUAUCAUUGUUUACCUUUACAUGGUUUCUUACUGUAUUUGUUGAUAAUGUACCACCAGAAACAUUUCUUAAAGUUUGGGAUUCCUUCUUAUACGAGGGCAGUAAGGUUAUGUUUAGGUUUGCAAUUGCCUUUCUGAAACUAGUGGAAGAUGACAUAUUAUUACAAGAUGGUGCCUUAGCCAUUAACAGAUAUAUGAGAGUUAUUGGAGAAAAACUUACAAAUUCUAAACGCAUCAUUCAGAUAGCAUUCCAUGAACUAAAUCCAUUUCCAAUGAAAUCAGUAGCCUCUAGAAGACACUAUCAUCUACAACAAAUAAGAGUUGAAUUAGCUGAACUGGAUUUAUUACGCCAAAAAUUUUCAGCACAAGAGAUCAACGAUGAAAGGAGAGAUUAUUAUAGUGAUGAUGAUUUAGAUAACUGA